CCUUUUAGUCCCGCCUUGUCUGCAAAGCAAAGUGACAAACACCACGUGACACGGCCGUUCUCUCAGCAGUUAUGAGCAAUAAUUUACACCAGAUUUUGAGAAACUUUAAAGCUACUAAAGUAGAAAAGAGUUUCCAGUGUUUCGUAUCGUAUUCUUUUGCUAUGGCGGGAGUUUAGAACGGAGCACGAGAGGAAGCGGUCUCCACGGUAACCAUCUAAGCCGGAAGUGCCGGACUCUAAAGAGUGUGACAGAAAUGUAGAUGUUUUGUUGGUGAGAUUCGCCUUUGUCAUUUAACGUAAUGUCCAGGCCAGUGAUCUGUCCUCUGACUGUGGGGGCCACGGCUCCUGAGUCUCUCUCCGUCUUACAGAGGCGUCUUCAGACAGCGGAGGAGCAGACAGAGGAGUUGAUGAGGAGUCUGGGCUCUUUGGGAGCGUCUGCAGAUCAGCUGCUCGUGAACUCUUUGAACGGAAGCUCCUCUAAGCGUCCGGUCAGUCCUGUGAACGUCCACCGGGCCCUGAGUGCUGCAGGAGAGGGGUUGAUAUGGAGGCAGUGUGAAACCCUCGUCGCACAUGUGUGCAAAUUAGAAAGUGUUUUGCACACUCUGAAACUCAGCAUCUUCCGUCUGGAGAUGGACAGAGAGCUCAAUCCAUCGCACACAGCGCGUCUGCAGGAGCGAUUAACCACCCUGCAGGAACAGCAUGAGGAGGAGCAGCGCUCUUCACGGCGGGAGGUGCUGCAUUUACAGGAUGAGCUGCAGCGAGCCUGCGAGGAGAGGCAGGAGGCGCAGCGGGAGGUGCUCAGACUCAGGGAGGCGCUGGAGAACAACACCUCCGCUAAAAAGGAGGAGCAGAUGGCGCAGGAGACCGCAGCACACUUGGAGGCUGAGCAAUCCCACAAUGCACUGCUGCUGAGAGUGGAGGAGAUGGAGAGAGUGGUGGAGAGGGAGAGAGGACAGGUGGAGGUUCUUCAAGCAGACUGCCAUGCCUUGCGUACUGAUGGACAGGCAAACAGGGCGGAGCUAAAGAAGAGGGAGGAGCAAAUUCUAUACCUGGAGAGAGACUGUCAGCAGCUCCGAGACCAUUCCAGAGUGAAAGAGACUUUGAUAUCACAGCUGAGCAAAGAGAUCAAGAGUGUGAAGACGGCUCUGCAGAAGCAGCAGCAGGAGAACAGCAGACUCAUCAGAGAUGGACGAGACCUCAGAGCAGCUGCAGAUCAAGUUCAGGUGUUGAAUGAUAAGUUAGAGGUUCAGUGUUCAGAGCUGAGCACUGCACUUCACUCAUUAACACUGGAAAACACUCGACUACAGACAGAAUAUCAGAACAACAUCAAGGCGGAGCGAAAUCGUGUGUCUAAACAUCUUAAGGAGCAGGAUCUGCUUUUAGACACAGCCAGGAGGAACAUCCAGGCUGAACUACAGGGCACGAUAUCAGAGAAACUCAUCCUGCAGAAAGAACUGGAGGCACUGAAGAUGGAUCAUUCCAAACUGCAGCAGAGUUCCACUGUUUCCCAGGAGACAGCUGUCAGUCAUCAGCAGAUGCUGGAACGGACCAUUGAGAGGCUUCAGGGGGAGCUCAGCUGCGCUGUGAGAGAUGGAGAGACCAUGAGAGAACAGAGAGAUCACGUCAAGAGUGAAAUGAACUCUGCAAUCUUUUUGCUGGAAAAAGAGAAGAACGUUCUAGAAACACAGCUGUCAGAGAUCAAGGUUGAGUUGACCACAGUGAACUCAGCACUGCAGAAACAGAAGGAGGAGAACAAGGAGCUGUUGGAGAACCUGGCAGCCUUGAAGCAUCAGCAGGUAACUCACCAUCAAGUAGAACAGAUGCUGUGGGAAUUGACAGACAGCAAGAACAAACUGGCCUACGAGAAGGGCAAGUUGCAGGCACGAGUGCAGCAGAUGGCCGUUGACCUGAAGACAUUGAAAGCAGACCGUACUCAACACUCUCAGACUAACACUAAACUGCAAAUCAGUUACACACAGAUGCAGAGAGAAAAUCAGACACUGAAAGAGCAUCUCGGCGCACUACAGCAACAGCACAGAGACACGAACGAAAUAGCGCAGACUCUGGAGAACGUCCUGUCGUCUCACACUCGACUGCAGCAGAACACACAAACACUACAUGCAGAGCUGAGAGAAAAAGCACAGGAACUAAACACACUCAGGAGAGAGAGACUGCAGGCAAUAAAAGAGAUUCAGAGACUUGAAAGUGAAGUAGAGAAUCACAAUGCAACCAAUAACGAGAAGGUGGAAUCUUUGCAAAAAGCACUUGAUGAAGCUCAGCUGGACAACAGGAAACUUGUCCAGAGUUUAGAGCAGGCCUUACAGGAAAACCACAAUACACAGGAGAAACUAAACACCCUCAGCGAGAGCAGGGAGGCGGAGCUUAAAGAGGCAAGGGCAGAGAUUCGUCGACUGACGGAACGUGUAGAUUCCCUCAAGAACCUGCUCAACAGAGAAAAAGACUCUAGGAGGAAGUCAGCACAGAGGCUGAAGAAGGCACUAAAUGAUGCAUCAGCAAAAUCAGAUGACCUCUCAAAAGCCAAUCAGAAGCUACAAGAGAAGGUGUCUGAGCUGGAGAAGCUGUUGUCCAAUCAGAAGUCUCAGUUGAGUCAGUAUCUGAAUAACAGAACAGCUCUGAACCACUCUCUAAGAAUCAAGGAUUUGGAAGCAGAAAUUGAAAGUCUUGAAGAAGCUAAGGAUGAAUAUAAGAGGAGGAGUUAUGAGCAGUCUCAGUCUCUGCUGCAGAUGCGUUCUGAGAUGGUUUCUCUUCAGUCUGAGCUGCAGUGUCUGUCCUCCACUCAGCAUGGGGAGCUACAGGCCGAAAGAGAUCUCAAUCGCACCCUACAGGAGAAAUGUCAGCAGCUGGAAGAGAGUUUGAAACGGCUCCAGGACGAGAGGGAUGAAGCAGAAGUGAGACUCCGGGAAGUUUGUCUGGAGUCACAGCAGAUCACAGAGAACAUGGAUGAGGACCACAGAGGGCUCCGCUCUAAAUCGGAGAGCUUUAAUGGCGAGGCUGAGCCACAGAAACUCGAAGAAAGCUUAUGGAGGACGGGGACAGACGGCACACUGUCCACUCCUGCUCAGACCCACGUUUGCUUUUAUGACCCUAAACUGGAGCCCUGGGCCUCAGCAUUACAGCGCUGGGAGAUGAAGAAAGAGCUGGGACUCAUCGCCGGCAGUUACAAACCCACAAGACGCGUACGCACACUGACCACCUGACAGCUCCGGGAGUCAUGAAGAAGUGCAUCAAGAACUCAUAGAUCAUGGAGAAGUGCUUCAGUAUGUAAUCUGCUUGAAAUGAAUGAUCUACAGUAGGUGUGUUUGUAUGCAGGCAAAUAUCAAGCAUAUUUAGCAAAUUAAUUGAAACGUAUAUUAAUCCUUUUGUCAUUACUUGAAUAUAAAAUUGCACUAGCAAAAGUACAUUAUGUGUGGGUGUAUAAAGACAGAGUUGUGACAACCAGAAGAAAAUGGUCCUACUGCUCAAAAAAAAAAAAAAAAACAGAGCUGUACUUUAUGACCAAAUGGCCUAAUUACUCAAGUUAAACAUGUUAUUUCCCUGCAGCCUGCAACAAUGUUAUUCCAUCACAAUAAUACAAGGUCAAUACACCUGCAAAAUGAAACCCCAGAAAGUGCAAAAAUAACUACAAGUGCUGUUAGAAAGGGGAAACAUACUUUGUAUAUGUGUAUAUUUAGGUAUUAUAUUUGUAUAAUAGUUUUUAUUGCUAUAUCACUUUUUGUAAUGUCAAUAAAGUCACUUGAAUCUGAAAAGA